AUGAUAUUGAUUUCGGCGUGUACCAUAGUUACUACAACUACAAUAACUACAGCAACCACAACCACAACAACAACCACAACCACUACGACAACUACUGCAACUACAACAACUACAUCAACUACAACAACGACUACUGCGACAACAACAACAGCGCCGAUAUGUAUACCAUUUUGGGCAAUGCCUUCGCUUAUACAAGGAACUUAUUUGACAUAUUCGGGUGCUAAUACAAUAAUUAGUGGUGAUCUUAGUCGCAGUGGCUGUGUGUGGUUUCGAGCCAGUCCAUCGAAUACUGACAAUAUCAUAUUUUCAAUCGGCUCAGCUCUUUCAACUGCGACUGGAGGAUGCAAUCAGCAGUUUGCUUUAUCUGUUAUCGAUGCCAGUCACGUCACUUUGUAUGGCAUGUGUAGUCCGUAUGACAAUAAUAAUAUUUAUGUUGGUCAGAGCACACUAUAUGACGGAGCUUUUCACCAGAUAUGUGUCACAUACAAUAAUAUAAAUGUACAACUAUGUGUUUAUCUCGAUUUACUGUCACGACAGUGCCUUACUCGAACAAAUGUUGGUUACAAUACUGGCCUAGGUGACGUACGUAUAGGAUGGUGGCCAGAUUUAAAUCGUCAAUUUGUAGCAACAGGAGGUGGUCUAAUUCAACUCUUAUCAUUAUUUGAUACAGCCAUUAAUCAAACUUGCGUUAUCUAUCAAUACCAGAACAACUUCAUAGGAUAG